AUGGGUCGCGCGGGAGGGGUUGACUUCAUUCGGCUGCCCGAUCGCACCAUGCGUUGGGCGCCAGUUGCAAUCCGGCACGAGGCGGGCAUCGCUGCUUGGCAACCAACUUGGGUUUGCAUGGGUUGUGCUCAAUCUGAGCAGCUCGGUGACCUGUUGAUCCCGGCCGAAGCGGGCAGUCCAUGCGACCGUUGCGGAAGCAUCCUCCAGUGGGAGUACGACCGCGUCAAUGGAACGGAGGCCUUCGGCUGCCCUCAACGGUGCGCCCGGCCCGCGCCUGUUCCAGCGGCACCGCCCCCACAGCCGCUCGCUCGGACUCCAGAUCCCGAUGAGCCCCUGCCAAACCCACAUCAACCCGAGCCGCCGAACCUGCAUCCUGCGCGCUCGCAUCACGCUGACACACGCUUUCCAGAGGCACACCUCGAGCUGCAAUCCCGGGGAGCGUGGUACGACCAAGGGCCUCCCGAGCGCGACGUCCAGUCGCCUACCAAUUCCUGGCUUUAUGUGCCACUUCUCCAUGGUGCGCUCGGGGCGCUCUCAGAUCGGGCGAUCGCCAUGUGGCGUGCAGAGGCACGUGCUCCCCCACACUGGGAGGAAGCUCGUCGAGCACUGGCUGUCUCGGCCCCUGUAGCUGCCCUCACAGAGGCUCUCAUCGCAGCGGCUAGCCAUCGCAACGGGGGCUUGCACCAACUCGCCCUUGCAGAGGCAGCCGUUCUCCCGCCCAGCACUCUGGUGCACCUCGGCUGGGUUGUGCGACGCAUUGCUCGCCCAGACGGGUAUAUCAGUGCGGCGGGCCAAGAAGUGUGCCUCAUGCUAUACGGUGGCUCUGAGUUAGCAAGCCGGCUCGACCGCCUCUCAGAUGAGUUCCGUUUGACUCUGACGUAUGGGGAAUUAUCGGCAGCUGAGGUUGAAGCACACCCUAUCCCAGAGAUCAACGUUGAACAAUUGUCUCCCACAGAAGCUGCUCCCACAGCACUUGAUCAGGCGGCUGCGCCACCUGCAGCGGAGAGGGCAGAUAGCCAGGCAGAGACUGACGGAGCUGCCGUCGGGAAUGAGGCGCCGCCUGUAGGCAGCCCGCCCCCGGCAUGGCCACGAGCGGCACUGGCAUGGCUGGGUACCAUCGACCUUGCUGAGGAGUUCCGCAGCCAGCUCCCAACAAUCCGCUCGGUGCCCCGGUUUCUCAUGGCGGGGGUACGCAGGUGCCUCAUCCGUUGUCUCAACGAUUUGCAAAUUGCCUAUCGGCGGCGGGACGAGCCUGCCCGGGAAGCGGCGUGGAAAUUGUUCUUGCUGGCUCCGCGCUUGCUGCUGGCACGCUGCCGUGACACCGGUCCAGUCGGGCGUGCCGCUCUCCUGCGCCGCGUCGAGCUCUUCGAAUCAGGCGCGUGGGAGCAGUUGUUGCGGGAAGCCCGGGCUGGAGCACCAACUGCUGGCCAACGCAACGUGCCCCGCACUGACGCAGCCGUGCUUGAGGAGGCGUGCGAAAGGGUUAGGCAAGGCCAGCUGACCCGUGCACGCCAAACCCUCACCGCAGCCGCCUUGGCCCCCGGGAAUGAUGAGACUCUCCAUGCACUGUCAGAUCCCUCGCGUCGGCCGCCGCAUCGGCGCCGCGAGAUACCUGCAGAAGUGCUCACCCAUGAGCCGGCCGAGGCUGUCGCCUUGUCGGUCCAGCAAGUCGCGGAAUCUCUCAGGAGUGCCAAGCGAGGGUCUGCACCAGGCCUCUCAGGGGCAACCGUUGACCACUACAAGUUGCUCCUCGAUGACCCCGCGGCCCUUGAGCUCUUGGCAUUCGCUGUCAACUGCUUUGCAGGGGCAGAUCUGCCGCCUAGCAUCAUCGAUGCCCUCGCCUUGUCACGGCUCACCGCAUUGCGCAAGCCCGGAGGGGGGGUGCGGGGCAUAGCCGUGCCUCCGGCUGCCAUAGUUGCCUAUGACAUGCUAGGCGGCCACACAGCAGAUGCGGAGCAAUCACAGCGUCAGGCCCGUGACAUCGCGUUCCUGCCCGCUUCCCUAGGGGGCCUAGGCCUCAUGCAUGCGGAACGCCUCUCCCCUGCAGCAUACUGGGCGGCGUGGGCGGACGCCCUGCCAGUGCUGCAACAGCGCUGCCCGGAAGCUGCUGCACGCUGCCUGCAGGAGCUCCGGUCCGGGAAUCAGGCUGCCGCACCAAGCCUCCAGGCCGCAGCGGCUGCAGGCGAGCACCUAGACAGUCAAGGU